UCCUUUGUUGCUGACCGGUGUAUCGCCGUGCCCUAAUUCCUCCGCUAUUCCCAUGGCGAAUACUAUGGCGCGAUCGUUUCUUCAAGCCGUAUCGUCGGAGGAUGUGGCUCCACCUCUCCGAGUUGUUCAGAUGGAAGGGCUGGCUAUCUUAAAGAUAAUUAAACACUGCAAGGAUUUCUCACCAGCUCUGGUUACAGGCCAACUUCUUGGUUUGGAUGUUGGUAGUGUUCUUGAAGUGACUAACUGCUUUCCUUUUCCGAUUAGAGAAGAAGAUGAGGAGAUCGAAGCAGAUGGGGCCAAUUAUCAGCUUGAAAUGAUGAGAUGCUUAAGAGAGGUCAAUGUAGACAAUAAUACUGUAGGAUGGUAUCAGUCAACUUUGUUGGGAUCUUUUCAGACUGUGGAGCUGAUUGAAACAUUCAUGAAUUACCAGGAGAAUAUUCGACGAUGUGUUUGCAUUGUAUACGACCCAUCAAGGUCCAAUCAAGGGGUUUUAGCUCUCAAGGCCUUGAAGCUGACAGAUUCAUUUAUGAAUCUUUACCGAAAUAACAACUUUACUGGAGAAAAGUUGCGGGAAAAGAAAUUGUCAUGGGUGGAUGUCUUUGAGGAAAUACCUAUUAAAGUUUCUAACUCUGCACUUAUUAGUGCAUUCAUGACAGAGCUGGAGCCUGAUUCUCCUGUUACUCAGUGUGAUUAUGAUCGUCUAAAAUUAUCCACCGCUCCAUAUAUGGAAAGAAACUUGGAAUUUUUGAUUGAAUGCAUGGAAGAUCUUAAUUCUGAACAAAAUAAGUUCCAAUAUUAUUAUCGGAACCUCUCACGACAACAAGCGCAGCAGCAAGCAUGGCUUCAGAAGCGAAGGACAGAGAAUAUGGCAAGGAAAGCUGCUGGAGAAGAACCAUUGCCUGAGGAGGAUCCAUCAAAUCCCAUCUUCAAGCCAAUACCCGAGCCAUCACGCCUGGAUAGCUAUCUCAUAACAAAUCAAAUUGCCAACUAUUGCAACCAGAUCAAUGGGGUUGCGGGUCAGAGUUUCAACAAAUUAUAUCUAAUGAAGGCUUUGCAUGAUAAUUGACUGAAAGGAUGUACAUCUGAAUCAUAGUUUGGCCUGUGGGAAGUCACCAUUUUCCUCAUAAUAUUUUUGUUAUUUUUGAUGUCAUGUUCUGUCUUCUAAUUUUAUGUUGAGAGUAGUCCAUUGUCAACAUUGCAAGCUGUGCCAUCUUCAGUUUCUGUGGCAAGAAUUUUGUAUUUGAACUAACAUUUAUAUCCAUUCAAAUGGCUGCAUAAUAUGGAUUGGUUAAUGGGAGCUGCGUAUAAAAUUUCCCACUUCCA